AUCAACAACAACAACAAACAACAGCAAACAACAAACGAAUAACGGCAAAGAUGAGGAUGCAAAACAACCGUGUUGCUGUGGUGUUGGCAGUUGUGGUGGCAGCUAUCAGCGCUCCAUGGCAGUGCACGGCAACGUCUGUUGCUGAGCUGUGUACGCCACGCCGCUUCUUCGCUUACGCUGCUCACGGGGACACCAAUUCCUUGGACACCUGCAUCAACUAUGAUUCUAGUCUGGUGGACCAGCAAGAUGCCGUGGGAUGCAGCCCAUUGAUUGCCGCAGCGUUCAAUGGCCACGAGCACGCCGCGCUCACCCUCUAUCGGCGAGGUAGCCCAGUGGAUGCAAGGUGUAACAACAACUACAACGCAGUCGCAUAUGCUCGCUUGAACAGCCACGACGCCAUUGCUGCGGCACUGAUCCGAUUUGGGGCGGCGGAUAUGCGCAUUCCAGAACACCUCGCACCGUGUUCACCAGAAGAAUGGAGCGUGGCUGUUCGCUCCGGCAAUAUGAACAAAGCAGAAGAAUGUGUUCUGGCGGGGUUUGAUGUGAACCGGCCACUGGACGCCGGCUGUCCCGCCAUCGUCUCUGCUGCCAUCAAUGGAAACGCGGACGCGGUGCAGUAUCUGGCUGCGCGUGGCGCACAUGCUGAUGGCGCAUGCUCUGAUGGAAGCACACCGCUCAUGCACGCCGCUCGCCGAGGCGAUGUGGCCAUGGUCAAGGUGCUCACGGCUGUUGGCGCUGAUAUUGAAGCGGAGACACCAGCAAACAAGUGGACUGCACUCACAUUCGCCACAACCAAUGGUCAAAUCGAGGUAGCCAAGUAUCUUCAUCGCCUUGACAUGGACUUUGAGGAGCGUGAGUGGACGGGCACGCCGCUCAUGUGGGCAGCCGCCAUGGGCCAGGAGGACAUGCUCCAGCACCUCCUCAAGUCAAAUCGCAAGUCGUGGAAGGCGUUGGAGACGCGCGAUGAACACGGCCAGACAGCUGUGAUGUGGGCUGCGCAGACAGGCCACUUGGGCUGCCUGAUGCAACUGGUGCAAGCUGGUGCCACCCUGCAGGUCACAACACAUGCUGGCUGGACCCCGCUCAUGGCCGCAGCCUACGAAGGACACCACGGCAUUGUCGAGUACCUCCUGCGUAACGGCGCCGACAAGGACGCGCGCGACAAAGGGGGAUGGACCGCUAUCAUGUGGGCGAUUGUUGGCAACAAGCGAGAAAUUAUGCAACAGCUGCUUGACAGCGGGGCCUCUGUUGCACCAACAGUCCACGGCUGGUCGCCGAUCCUGGUCGCGGCAGCCACAGGCAACGAGCAGCUGUUCACGCUAAUGAUCCAGAAUGGCCAGGACCUGAUGUCGCAUCUUGACAAUGGGGCAACAGGCGAGGACAUUGCACGCCAGCACGGCCACCAUCGCCUCGCCGAACACCUCCGCCACAUGUUCAACGCCCGCCGCAGAUACACAGAGGGCGGCAACGAAGGCCACGAUGAGCUCUGAAACGCAAACGCGGAGAGGAAGGACUGGCAAUUAUGACACUUCAGCAUGGCCUUGAUCUGACACAGCUCUGCUCGGACACAACAGCCACGGCAAACAAAACAAAAACCACAUUGUGUGUUGGUGACGGUGGUGGUGUGAGAUGAUGGGCGUGGUACGAACCGGGGGUCAGUGGCGGCGACGCACUCCAGUAAAUCCACAUGCAC